GGCAAGUUUCCACCUUACCCUGUGUAACCGUUUUGUAAGUUGUUAUUCAUAAUUAGAUAGUUUAGGUUUGUUUUCAAUUGUUUACAUUUAUCCAUAUUCGCGUCCUGGGAACAUGGAGUGCAUCACCAUCAGCUCGGACUCGGAGGAAAGCGAGAUCGAGUUUGUAGGCGAAAAGAAACUCGAACGGACCAAACGUGUCAACGAGAUCGAUGUCAAAUUGCUCACACCGCAGGUCACUCUUUUGGAAGAGAAAGAACCAUUGACGAAUAAGAAUGACAAUUUGAACAACAAAUUGAAAAUAAAAGGGCAGAUUGCUACAAAAGUUCCUAGGAGGGUUGAUUUCAUACAGAUAAUUGAUGACGACGAUACCGAAAGUGAUGACAAAAUUGAAGUUGUUAACAUUAUAAGAAAUAACAUUUUAAAAUGUACUGAGGAACCUAGUCACAAAUCAGGGUCACCCAUUCCAGAAGAUCCAUUAAAAAUUGAUGAAAAUGAAAUGAAAAAAAUUCAAGAUGAGUUAAAGAUGGAUGAAAAAAAGCAUUUAAACUUGAGACCAAGUAAUGACGUUUCAAAUGAUAAAAAGAAAGAAGAUAAAAAUUUAGAUGAACCAUGUUCUUCAACUGAAACCAGAUCAACGUGUGAAAAUGCUUCUGAUAUCAAUACAAGCCAAAUUGGCUUUAAUUUACUUGACAAUAUUGUCGACUCUUGUAAAAAGUUAGACCUAGGUGAUGAGAUAAUAAGAAAGAUUGAGCACAAAAUCACAAAAUAUGCUUCAAUAGUUUCUAAAGAAACAAUGAAAAGUGAAAAAAUAAUUAAUUUCUUGAGAAAAAUAAAUAAAGAGAUUGAUGCUAUUGUUAAACGCGGAGAUUUAGAAAGAGAAGACAAAUUUAUAAUUAUAGAAAAAAUAAAACAAGUGCUAAAUGAAUUGAAAAGUGAUGAGCUGCUGGUGAAUAAAAAACUACACUUUUUGUACAGUUUAUUUCAUAAAUUGAAAAAAAGGAUAGACAAAUUGGAAGAGAUGGAAGUUGAAUCAGAUGACGAGAUGGAAAACCCUUAUGUCCUUCUUGGCAGGUACAGAGCAAAGGCUAGUCAGGUUUAUGAGAAAAUAUGUCGACUCGAAGAAAAGGCACCGCAUGCUGAUCGUCAAUAUCUUCAGAGGUUCACAUACUCUGGCAAAGGGCCAGUUCAAGUUCAAAGGGCAUUAGAGAAAUAUUACAAUAUGACAAGGAAAUUUCCAAAUUUUAAAGAUGUGUUAAAAAUUACAAACAAAGUCAAUGAAGAAAAUAAACUAAGUCUUUCUUCCCCUGAAACUUAUGAGAUUGCGCAACAAAUUUUUACUGAUUUUGGAAAGAAAUUAAAAAUUAGAAGACAAUUGGAUGAUUAUCACAUAUUAGUCAGUUAUAUUGUUGAAGGACAAAAAGACCCUGCUACGUUUGACCAAAUAUUAAAAACCAAACUCGAUUCUAAUAAAGACGUUUGGAAAAAGAAAGAAAACGAGAUUAUAGACUUUUAUGCGAAAAAACAAGCUGAAAAAAGUGCUACAAAACAGAAAGGAAAUAACAGGAAGGACCAACCAGCUAAAAGCGACGAUGAGAGUGAAGAUAGUGCUAUGUCAGACACGGAGGAGUCUGAGGAAGAUGAAAAGAGUGAAGACAGCAAAUCGAAAAAGCACGAUUUCUCAGAUUCCGAAGAAGAGUUAGAUGUAAUGUUGGAUGAAGAUAUCGAUGGUACAAAACAGAAAAAAGACACCGAUUGUGAUGAACUUCAACCACAAAAAAAGAGAAAAAAAUUGCGUACAUAGUGCUUUAUUUAUAGCAUUAUAUAUUUUUUAUUUUUAUACAUUUUCAAUUGAGAAAUAAUUUUAAAUCAAUGCACUGUUAUACCACAAUACAGAAAUUAAUGUACAUAUAGCGUGACUGUUUUCUUUUUGGUCCAACCCUGAAUUCGGAAAACCGAAAACAAGGUCCCAGAGGUUUUUACGAUCGUACCUGAUUACAAUAAUUUAUUCUAUCGAUCAGGCACCCUUU